CUAUAUCAUCAAAUUGGAUGAAAGUUAGCUUUGCACAUGAAGAUACUAGAUAUCCAGCUAAAGAGAGAAAAAUAGGUAAUAGCAACAUAAGGCAAGGGGCUCAAGAAAAAAGUUCUUCUCAUCCUAAUCAAAACUGAGAAUUUGCAUCGAGAAAUGUUACAUGAUUUGUACCCCUUGAAUGGGCAGCGUCCUGCGAUUUAAUAGCGGCAUAGGCGACACAAUUUGACCUAUAGGUGUUGUUGACAAUUCUAACAAGCACUACAGUAGCUAUUUAUUAUAGAAGAGCCACCACGAGGGUAUUGAUCAGUGCUGAAUAUUCAAAAGCAUCGGAAUGGGCAGGUUUAACAAUACGCUUUGAUACUAGCAUACAACACACGGUAUACAAGCCGUACCGUACAAAUCUUAUAGAGCAUCCUACGAUUUUCCUUACGACAUUUGUCCGGGGCAUCCUAACAGUUAAGAGGUUUCACUUUAUAUGUUACGCGAAAUUUGUGUAUAACUUUUAUACGCGAAAUAUCCGCCGCGCGACAAUCUCUACCAUGAACCUCCAUCAAAGUCAGGUUAUUAAAUAUUCACUCCAUCAAAAUCAGGUUAUUGAAUAAGAUUUGUCUACAAUUAAGACUCAUCUCUUUCAACUCAUUUGGAUUUAUCCAUGUUAACUUCACAUUAAAACCAAAUCUAGGCAAUAGAAGUUUGAAAACGUGCCUUUUGGAUGCGUUUGCUUUUCGAAUGAAUGGUAUAGACCCCAAGGUAUCAAUUUAGCAAACAGAUUUACUUUGAACUUCAAAAAUUUGAUGAGCCAAUAGUUUGAAGCGGUCGAGUUUUUAUUUACUACUGAGAUCCUGAAUUGCAAACUUUUCGCGAUGAUACCUAUAGAGCCACCCGCAAUCAAAUUCAAAGCAUUUUAGUUUCAAUUCAGCUUUCUGGAAUUAUCGCAGCAUUUCAAAUGAAGUUCGGCAGCUUAAUGUUAUAAAGGAUACUUUGUUCUCUGGCAAUGUUAUCAUAUAGUUGAUUAAUUAGAUUCUUCGCCUUUUUAUCAUUGUGUUCUUUUGCUACCAUUGACUAAAUUGUUUUACCAAUAUUUCAACUGUGGAAUGAGUUACAUGAACAUUUGAAAUGUAAAGCACUCAUUUCGUAACAUUGCUCAAGGUUUCCGUCUACGAAAUAUUUGCUUCCUGCUGAAAGAAAUUCUGGACCUGGUUGAAUUACUACUUGCAAAAUGAAGCAGUGUUUCCAAAUUUGCUGUAUCAUACUUCUUACGUUAUGUUUAUUUGGUACUGCCGCAUCCUAUUCUCUCAAUAUUACAUUUUGGCAGAACAAACCAUACUUGUUUAUGGAGUCGGAACAGGUGCAAGGUACAUUCAAAAGAUUAAUGGCUGGAUUUAAGUCAAAAGAAUGCGAGCCAGACGGAUUCCAAAUCAAUUAUGUGGAUGAGAAAAAGACUUUCUCGGAUCUUUUGGAGUCUUUGAACUCAAACACUUCUCAUUUUGGGGAAUAUAAUGAUACAAUAAUUGCUUACUUGCCUGUCUUACCCACAACAAGCAUUGAUCAUGCCUUGUAUCAUAAUCAUGAUAUGUAUACAAUACUUCAGAGUCCUGGAUAUACACUGGUUGUAAAUGCGUUGAUGCUGACGAAAAUGUACAGAAUAAUCGUAUUUGGUUUUUUGGAAAGUGCUACGUUGUUGAUUAUACUGACUUGCAGUACGUUAGCCUUUGGCGGUAUUGUAUGGUUCUUGGAAAGAAAGCAGGAUAAAAAAGACACAGACUUUGCAUACCAUUUUGUACCAGGACUCUGGGAUGGAUUUUGGUGGGCUGCAGUCACUGGAACAACAGUUGGGUAUGGUGACAAAACACCAAAAACUCUGGCUGGCAAGGCUGUAGGUCUGGUGUGGUUAAUAACAAGUUGCAUUAUUUUGGCGGCAUUUGGUGCCAUCAUGACGAGUUCUGUCACUACGGAAACAAUUUCGAUAGCUGGGAAAAAAAUAGCAUACCUAAACAAUACAUACUGUAUAGAGGCCAUAAACGAAAAUGCAGGAAUUCCAGUGGUUACAAAGACUGUGGAAGAAGCACUGGAAUUGGCACGAACCAUGAAAGUGUAUGGAGCUCUGAUAGAUACCCACUAUAUUUCAAGCAGACAGGAUGAGCUUUUUGAAAAAGGCAUACUCAUAGAUCAGAGGUUUCACAAAGAAAAACUUGAUAUCAGAAUGUGGUCAAAGAAGAUACCCAACGCAAAAAUGAACAAAUGCUUUCAGGCAUUUUUCAAUUUUCUUAAUAAUUCUUUGUCGCAGAUGCCACAUAUAGAGCCACGUCUCAAGAAUAACAGGUACCGGACUUUGAGGGAAAGAAUUGCACCCGGUAGUGCGAUGGGACAGGGCCUGUUGGUAGUAUAUUGCCUCAUUGCAGGCCUCGUUUUCUUAUGGCUGUUAAUUGGCCUGAUAGACCAUCUUAGAGCAAAGAGGAAACAGAGAUUGAAAAAGGUGGAUUGUAAAAAGUCCAAGAAUGGUAAAAACCCUGAUGUGAACGCAGAUUUGAUUCAUCAGAAGCUUGAAAACAUCAGUAACGAGCUUGCAGAUGUUAAGACAUGGUUCAAAAACAUGGAACAGAGACAAUCUGAAUUGAAGCAGGACGAAGAGAAAAAUGAAUUCAAGAUUCACACGUCGUCAUCCAUGUGUUUUGGUGACACUAACAUGAAAAACGAGCAAGAAGAGAACUAUUUUCGAGUAGACGAACACAAACUUUAAGGUUUUUCUGGUAAAAGAAGGAGUUGCUAGCAUAACUCUUCUGUUAUUCGGAAUUAUCACGUUUUGUUUCCUUCUCUACUUUUUAGACUCACACAUGGCGUGCUUAGCACUUUUAAGAAUGAAAUGUAAUAUUUGAAGUUUUAGUUCUAUUGUCUUUAUACGUCUUAUAUGAAAGCCUGUAUCCUUUCGGUAGCUACUGGGAAGGGUACUUCUUCAAAAGAUAUUGUCUCGUUUUUAUAACUAGUGCAAAUCUUUGUCUUUCGCUUAGAAACAUUUAGUGCUAUUCAUCCAAAGAAUAAAAGGUGUUUUUGAAAAAGUUGUUUUUAUUUUUUCUCUUUCUCGCUCAAAUAUGAAAAUGGUUCUAGAGCAAAAGAAAUAUUUAACCGAUUUCAAACUCACACUAGACGGUCUGAAAGUAAAGCAAAAAUAGUUUACUUAGGAAUAUGGGAAAGAAAAUGCGAAACCAAAACUAAACGAAAACAAAGAGGAAGAAAAUUCUAUAAUUGAUUUAAGCUAUACCUGGCAGAUUCAAAUGCAUGCAACGAAUUCUCAAGGAAAAUCUGCAAAAGAAGAAAAACUAACGAGAAGAGUACGGUAUCUAUUGUGAAAAACUGUGGCAUCAAAUAAGCCCACAUUUGGCAUUAUAUUAUCUAACUGAAUUAGCUUCAACUUAAUCAAGACAAAAGCCUAUGAACAGACCAUUAAUUGUUGCAAGUGCCAUUUUAGUUUUCUUUUUUCUUUCCCCAUUCUUUAUCCAUCAUUUUUCCGGCUAAGACACAAAAUCCCACGACGCUCGAAGCAAUGCCGUGGGGUUUGCAGAGCUGCAUAGUUUCAUGUCACUUGGUAAAAAACGUGCAUUUCACAAACAAUGGAACAAGGACAAACGAAGUCAAUUCAAAGAUGAGGAUGCCUGGCUUAUUGGGUGACGUGGCCUUUAGAAGUCUUGAAGGUAAGUGGUUUUGAACUCUACUCUCUCUAUCAAAGACAUUGAACUCAAACCAAUCAAUAUAAUUGAUGUUAUAAGAAUUACUUUAUUGGUAGGGGCGCGGCGAGCGGGGAGAGUGCAGGAAGGUGCUGCACCCUCCAAUUCUUCAUGAGUUAGUCAGUAAAUUUUCCGUUGGUCCACAAAAUCCUUACUUUGUCAACAAAAUUGGUAUUGCAACGGUUUGAAUUGCAACUCUGAGUGUCGCGCUUCAUGCGAUCCAUCAUCAGUCAAGUUUUCUGUAUAUUAAAAGGGGAAAUGUCGGUUAUGGAUGUUCGUUUUACGUUAAUAAGUUUUCUAACUCGGGAAAAAUACCAAAACGAAAUGAAAGGCAAAAAGCUCCCUCAGAAAUAAUGUCAUGGACAUUAGAAAAUCAGUCAUGAGGCUUCGUUCCCACAUUAUCGAGAGCGAGUUGGGCCGUUGGUGCAUCGGCGCAAAUCGCUAAAUCUACGACCAGCCUAAACAGGAAGUGGUUACUUAGGGAUGUUACACAAUAACCCCCAAAUUUGAUUGAUAAAGGAGGGAAUUGACAAGAAAAGCUUUUUUCGCCACUAAGAGCCGAUGCACCAGUCCUACCUUAUAGCAUACAAAAUAAAAAUGCUAACAGUAUUAAAAAUGCCUAAAGGUAUGAGAGGUUUCAACGAUGACAUUAAAAAAAGAGGGAGGGAGGGCUAGGAAAAUAAACAACCGGGAGUCUUCAAUCGAGAAAAGUGAGACCCACGCCAUGCCAAAAACCUUAAAUACCCCUACAAUAAUGAGGGGAAUGAAAACGCCACAAGCCAUACACUUUACCAUAGCAAAAAAUCCCCAGGAACAAAUCUCAUACCCUAGAUACAAACCGCCCGGAGGCCAAAGACUACCCCACAAUUCCGACGAACUAGUAAAGCAAAUACAAGAGAAAGCGUGGCACACAAGAAACCAAAAUGCAUAGCAAGCAAUGAUAAACUUAGGCGUAACAGUUAAAGUAAAAGCCCCUCGUGAAAUUAACUCUGAUUAAAUUCAUUUAAUCAUGAUUAAACGUUAUCCUAGUACAAUUUUACUUUAACUCCUAGUUAUAUAGGAUUAACUGCAGUUGCUAUAGGGAUAUUACUAACUUCACGGGCACUUAAACUUCAGUUUAUUUAAGAUACACUAGUUACACAUUUUACUAAACACAAUAGGAUAUUUCACAUUGCGAUAAGACCAUAGAUGUUGCUUCUUCUUUGACAUCCCACGCUUGGAAUCGUUAGAGCAAAAAAAUCGGUAGUGAAUGAUCAGAGACAGGGACACCUGCAGGACAAUUAACAGACCGGAGGCCGGAGGGGCAUUGUUAGUGUUUGGAAGGGCGUAAUAUGGAGGGGUGUUUAGAGGGCAUUAUUGACAAACUAUAUUUAACAACUUAAUCUAUUCGAGUGUUCGCUGCAAUCGAAGGAUGUUGCGGGCAUGAUUUUGAUGAAUCUAUUAAGACAUUUGGUUGAAUGGUAUACGAUAUGUUUAUUAAUCAUUGCAGUGUCAAGAGAUUUCGGUCUGUAAAGCUUUUGCAAACAUUUGCGUGUUCUGUCGUCUAUAACGUCGACUUUUGGUCUAGAAGUAAAGAAAUUUGUUUUGAUUGCAAAUCAACUCAUAUACAGGAAACAAAGACUGAAAAUUGAACUAAUAUCGCGCGAUUGGUUGUAUAUAAGAAAACGAUGUAUCACAAGGAUCUGUUCUAGUGUCGGUAUUACUCAAAGUACGCAAUGUUGUUGACGACAAUUCGAUUUUGCU